AUGAAGAUAGGAAACCACACCAGAGUUUUAGAGUUCUUCCUCUUGGGGUUUUCUGAGGAACAGCAGAAUUUUCUCUUUGGAAUCUUUCUGACCAUCUACUUGGUCACCGUGGCGGGGAACAGCCUCAUCAUCCUGGCUAUCGGCUCCGAUCCACACCUCCACACUCCCAUGUACUUCUUCCUGGCCAACUUCUCCCUCACUGACUUGUGUUUAUCAUCUACCACAAUUCCCCGGAUGCUGACAAGCAUCCAGGCCCAUAGUAAUACCAUCCCCUAUGCUGGGUGCCUGUCUCAGAUCCAUUUCUUCCUGUGGUUCAUUGGCCUAGAUGUUUUCCUCCUGGCAGUGAUGGCUUAUGACCGACUGGUGGCCAUUUGUUAUCCCCUUCAUUAUACCCUGGUCAUGAGUGCCCGAUGCUGUAUCCUGCUGGUGGUUGUGUCUCUCAUCCUUGCAUUUUCAUAUUCUCUCACCCACACCAUUCUCUUGGCUCAGUUAUCCUUCUGCAUGGACAACACCAUCCCUCACUUCUUCUGUGACCUUCUUCCCCUGCUGAAGCUCUCUUGUUCCAGUACAUAUGCCAACCAAUGUGUGCUGAUGUACUGGGGAGGCGCAUUAACCAUCUUGAUUCCUUUGCUGAUCAUCAUUUCCUAUGUCCGCAUCAUGGCCGCCAUCAUGAAAGUCCCAUCUGCAGGUGGGAAAUGGAAGACUUUCUCCACCUGUGGCUCCCACCUCUCAGCAGUUUGCUUGUUCUAUGUGUCUGCCAUCGGGGUUUACUUUAUUCCCUCUGCUUCUGAUUCAGUCAACAAGGACAAAAUCGCAGCAGUGAUGUAUGCAGUAGUGACCCCCAUGUUGAACCCGUUCAUCUAUAGCCUGAGAAACAAAGACAUGAAGGGCGCCUUGGGAAGACUCCUGAGCAGGAGGGCACUGCGAUCUUCAUGA